CCGUUGUCAUUUUGGUUUUCUGACAGUUGUCAAUUCGUAUACAAUAUUUUGAAUAAAUAAACAAAAUCAAAAAUGUUACCCGGAAUCGGGGUCUUCGGAACAGGAGCAGUGGUGAGAGUCCUGGUCCCCAUCUUACGCGAGAACGGAUUCAAAAUCGAGGCCAUAUGGAGCCAAACGAAACAAAACGCCCAAGAAGCGGCCAGAGACCUCAAGAUCCCCUUUUUCACCGACGUAAUAGACGAGGUCCUCCUGCGUAAAGACGUAGACCUGAUAUUCGUGUUGUGCCCCCCGAAUCUGCACGCGCAGAUCUCCGUCAAAGCGCUGGGGAUAGGAAAACAUAUAGUGUGCGACAAACCAGCGGGGCUGAGCCAAGCGGACGCUCUCAAAAUGGUGGGUGCGGGUCAGUAUUACCCUUCGUUGAUAUCGCUCAUCAACCACUCCUUCAGGUUCUUGCCGGCUUUUACUAACAUGAAGAAGGCUCUGAAGGAUAACUACCUUCAGUCCCCCGUGACUCUAAUCGACAUCCGCAUACAAAGUGGGAGUCUGUUCAACGAUUCUGACACGUUCGACUGGAGGUGUGACGACACCAUGGGCGGAGGAACGUUGAACCUCAUAGGCAGCCACGUCGUAGAUCUGAUAACUUUCCUAACUGGUCAGAGAGCUGUCAAGGUUCAUGGAGUCGUUAGGACGUUCACGAAGAACACGGAAAGUAUCAACGGAAUCAGGAAUAUAUCCGCGCCGGACUUCUGCACCUUCCAAAUGGAGCUCCAGAACGGGAUUCUGGUAACGGCCACUCUCAACAGCCACACUGUAGGCUCCACUUUCAACCAAGAUGUGAUGAUCUGCAGCAGUACAGGCCAUCUAGUGGUUCGAGGGGGCGACUUGUUCGGCAGGAAGCACAAAGCCAGCGAAGAAGUGAUCUACCUGGACGUCAAGGACUUGCAGUGCCCCGUUCCUAACAACUCGAUCCUGCCCAAAAUAUUCAUCAAGGGCUUGUGCAAGAUGGUGUCAGCUUUGCGGGAGUCUUUCCUGCCAAACAAUGAGAAGGAGGGUUGGAUAAAGGAACCUGUUUGCUCUGCCGCUACAUUCGAAGACGGGCUCUAUGUGCAGGCGGUUUUGAGUGCAAUAAGGCAGUCGUCCCAGACCAGGCAGUGGGUUAAAGUCAAGGUCCUCACCGAACAGCCUGAUAAGAACGAACUGCUUAGCGCUGUCGUUAGGCGGACUGCUAUUACCAUUUCAUAGAUUGAUGAAUGCCAGUCAUUCUUUCGGAUAAAUUUUAUGACCGAAUUUGAAUUCAUUUCGAAUUCAUGAAAAUGUGAUAUUCGAUUUAUUUGAUUUGGACUGAUAUUCAUUGAAGAUAUGUACAGCCUAUUUAUUUUUAUGCAUGAAAAUGGGGGAAAUAUAACCAUUCAAGAACUUUCCAAAA